AUGUGUCUGUGUUGCGUGUGUUCGUUUAAUCUCUCAGCAGUCUUGCCCGAAACCAGGCUCUCGACGCAUGCUGUCCGGAGCAGGGCGGAGCACUUCCUUGUUGCGUUCGGCCACGAAGUCAGCAUCCGGCUUGUAACCAGUGCCUGGGUCGAGGACGAACUCUUGGGCCUUCUGCAAGAUGUUCAGCAUUCUCUUGAGCUUCCUCCAGGAAUCCCAGCAAUGAAGCCUGAGACAUCAUGCGCGGCACCUCCUGAUCUUUCAGAUGGCAUUCGCUUGCUCGGGAUCUUGGGCAUACUGAGCCCCGAUGACCUUGUUUGCCUCCUGCAGAAGUUGGUGCUGACUCCCAUCCAUGUCACUGCUGCAGCUGCCUUGAACAAAUCUCCCUCCGGGUUGGCGUCCAUGGAGAGAAUCUCAAAGGCAUGUGAUGCAGUUUGCGCAAGACUUUGCAAGGGACAUUCUUCGGUCGACCCGCAGAGGAGUUUCUGCAGCAAAAGCUGCCCCCCUGAGCCCCAAGACAGCACUGCCACCCUAGUGGUUGCACAUGGAUAUGCCGCAUGGCAUAUUCAAGUAGCAGCAUUUGCUGUGGGUGUCACAGAGUCGGCACCGCCCGCACCGGUCUUUACAGAUGAGUCUCAGUCCGCCUGGUUCUCUGAUGCCAAAGAGUCCUUGCCCCGAAUUGAGCGAGAGCUGCUGAUGACCUUAUGUUUGCAUAGGGAUCUGCAACUGUCAAUGGGCGCUGCCAGUCACCUUUCCAAACUCUGGAGGCUUUUCAAAAACUCAUUGGACUGCAUGCAUGCUUCGCAUGAUGCUGCCAGUGGAUUCUUGAGCCUGCUUUGCAGUGCUGACGGCAUUCCAACUUGGCUUGAUCUUCUCCAUUGGCUACGUGAUGAAGGCCCAAUGCCGACUAUAUCCAGGCCAUGGCUAUGGAGUAAGCUGCAAUGUGGAUUGCACGAUCUUCUUCAGGAGGUCACACCGUAUCUGGAAGAAGCUAUGGCAUCCUCAGUUGCAGACUUAAAGCGCGAGGAAUGGGGCGCUUUUGAGUCAGACAUCUUAUCUGCGCUCGAGCGACAAGUACGGUGCGGACUGCCAGAUGACCGGCAUGCAGAUUGGCAGCCCGCAGGGGAUGACCUGCAGCGGCUGAUGGCCGCUUCCCUUCUUUGCGAUGCUGACGGCUGCGUAUCGGUCUUGCGCCGUUCCCUGGUAACUCCUGUGCACCUACGCUUGCUUGCGGCGGCACCGCCUAGCCACAAGGCUAGCCUGGCCGCGAAGCUGGGUUGCUGUUAA